AUGACUACCAACGCUAUCGUGAUCCUCCCGGAAGAGAAGGUCGCUGGGAUCAGAGUGGUCCCCAUGCCCAAGAUCCGAGAUGAUUGGAUUCUUGUUAAAACAAAAGCUGUGGCUCUCAAUCCAACGGAUUGGAAACACAUCGACUUUGGUUAUGCCAAUGCGGGGUCCAGAAUCGGAUGUGAUUACGCUGGCGUUGUGGAGGAGGUUGGAAGCAAUGUCACAAACUUCAAAAAGGGCGACCGGGUCGCUGGUUUGUGUCAUGGAGGUCAUCGUACCGACCACGAAACAGGCGCCUUUGGAGAGUACCUACUCGCAAAAGCUUGUGUUCAAAUAAAGAUCUCAGACAAUGUGGAUUUUGAGCAUGCGGCGACGAUUCCCGUAGCUUUCUUUACUUGUGGACUUGGGCUCUAUAAAUCACUUCAACUUCCCAUGCCUACAGACCCGGCUAAGAAACCAUUCCCUGUCCUGAUACAUGGUGGUAGCACUGCCACAGGAAUGUGGGGGAUUCAGUUCGCAAAGGCCUCUGGCCUUACUGUGGUCGCCACGGCUUCACCACACAAUUUCGAUUACCUCAAAUGGCUUGGCGCCGAUGCGGUUUUCGACUACCGGUCACCAACCUGUGGCACCGACAUCAGGGCCUUCACUAAAAACAAGCUAAGACAUGCUUGGGACUGUGCUGGUGGUGGUGAAGUCAUCUGUGGAGAGGCUUUGAGCGAUGCCGAGCCCAGCAAGUAUGGCGGCCUCAACGCCAGCAACCCCACGAAUGCAGACAUUUUGAAGAAUGCGAAUCCACUGGUGGAUGGUUCGUUUUUCGUUUUAGCAUACAAUGUGCUCAAUGAGCCGUAUGAAUGGCGAAAUGCUAUGAUACAGCCACCUGUAGACCAGAUGGAGUUUGCGCAGAUGUUCAAGGAAGUGGCCCGAGAUCUUCUCGACAAAGGACAUCUGAAGUUCAUCAACAUCAGUUUGAACAAAGGGGGGAGUGGCCUAGAGGGAAUCUUGAAGGGAUUGGAUGAAAUGCGCAUGGGAAAGGUCAGCGGUCAGAAGCUGGUGUACACAUUGUGAGGCCAAGAGAGCAGCACCGAUGAGUGGUGUCGCUAUGUAUGCACGGUCUAAAUCUCUAGCAGGUUAUAUUUACUAGUUGGUGAUUUCUUCGCCAUCGUUGC